AUGGGCAGACGCUACCUUGGCGGUUCAGGCGAACGCCUAACUGUGUGGAUAUCUCUUGCAGCAUCCACAGUUCUGAUAUUCUACGGCUAUGACCAAGGCGUGUUUGGCAAUGUGCUCGUCUCGGAAGACUUCCUGCGAACAAUGGGAUACCCCAGCACAACAGCCCAGGGAACCAUGACUUCUGUCUACAACCUGGGCUGUUUCGCAGGCGCACUGUCCACGCUGUAUACCGGUGAUAAGCUGGGCCGGCCGCGGGUGCUCAUGCUCGGCAGCUUGAUCAUCGCGAUUGCUGCCAUCAUCCAGGCUUCCUCGUUCAGUGCGGCGCAGAUGUACGUCGGUCGAGUCGUCGCCGGCCUGGGCACGGGAAUGAAUACGGCCACUGCCGGUGUGUGGCAAUCGGAGACAUCCAAAAUGCGAAGCCGGGGCAAGUUGAUUAUCAUUCAGAUGGCGAAUUGUAUCACAGGAUUCGCCAUCUCGAAUUGGUUGACGCUUGGAUUUUCGUUUGCGCCUGGUAGUGUUUCAUGGCGGUUCCCGCUUGCCUUCCAGAUGUUCUUCUCUGGUCUGGUCUGGCUCAUGUGUCCCUAUCUACCAGACUCACCUCGUCUCCUGAUUCGCAAGGGCCGCUACGAAGAGGCAACCGAGGUCCUCGCCGCCCUCGAAGGCCACGGUGCGACGCCCUCCUCCGCGUCUGUCCGCACACAGUUUUCCAUCAUCAAGGACAUCCUUGACCGCGAGCACGCCGUCGACUAUACUUGGUGGCAACUCCUCACGGGCCAAGGACCCCCAGGCGCUCUGCGUCGCAUGCUUCUCGGCGCGUGGAUGCAGGCAAUGAACCAGGUCUCGGGCAUCAAUGUGACAUCGUACUACAUGACAUAUGUCUUCAUCAACGCACUUGGCUUCAGUGAACUCCGCGCGCGCAUUCUUGCCGCUGCGGGGUCGAUGGACUAUCUGUUCUUCUCGUUCAUGGCAUACUUUGUCAUUGAGCGGUAUGGUCGGCGACGGGUGAUGAUGGUCUCCGCCACCGCGUGCUCGAUGUGCUGGACCAUCAUCGCCAUCGCCGUCGGCCUGCCCGAGACGGGGAAAGGCGACAGUGUCAAGCUGGGGAUCGUGGCCGUGUCUUUCUUCUUUGUCUUCUUCGCCUCCUUCGCCAUGGGCGUCCUCGGCGUCCCCUGGCUGUACCCCACCGAGAUCAACGCCCUCGCCUUCCGGGCCAAGGGGUCAUCGUUAGCGAUGGCCACCAACUGGAUCUGCAACUACAUGGUUGCUGAGGUCACACCGAUCGGCAUCGCCAAUCUUGGGUUCAGGUUCUGGAUCAUCUGGGCGGUCAUCUGUGCGGCGUUCGUUCCCACCACGUACCUCUUCUACCCAGAGACGGCAAACCGCUCGCUUGAAGAUAUCGAUCGAUUCUUCGAGGACAACAGGGGUGCCCUUGUAUUCCGGAAUAAAUUGGCGACGCAGCUCCAGCGGCCUGCGGUCUACGAGGAAGCAGAUCAGAAGAUUGCGGCGGCGAAUGAGAAGAGCGAGGCGAGUGUGGAGCAGGUCGAGGAGUCGACGGCAGCCACGGUAGAAUGACGCGCGGUUUGUGAUAUGAGCACCCCGCGUGUCUGAUAUCAUAAUUUGUCACGCUUGAAGUUCUAGAUGACUCUCAGAGCCUGUGAGUGAGGAGGGAGGGCAAUAAACUAAAUUAGUACUCUGAACUUACGCAUUCGCCCUUCAAACAGGUGUCGUAGUCCUACAGCUGCCAUCAAUUUGAUGCUGAGGCUCAUAUAUCUAGCUUCUCGCCGUUCCUGCAUAGAAUCUAGUCAAUUGUUCC